CCUCUCGAGUAGCUGGGACUACAGAUUUUCUUCAUGGAUAUUUUUCAUAGCAUUAUUAUGUGAUGUGAGAAGUUUCUUUUUUUUUUUUGUUGAAGUAACAUGGAUUUUAUACUACAGAAUCAAGAGAAUUGGCUUUAUAGGAAAAAUUGAUUUAUAAAAGUGGUACAGGUUUUUAUAGAUAACCAUGACAACAUCCCAUAUGAAUGGGCAUGUUACAGAGGAAUCAGACAGCGAAGUAAAAAAUGUUGAUCUUGCAUCACCAGAGGAACAUCAGAAGCACCGAGAGAUGGCUGUCGACUGCCCUGGAGAUUUGGGCACCAGGAUGAUGCCAGUACGUCGAAGUGCACAGUUGGAGCGUAUUCGGCAACAACAGGAGGACAUGAGACGUAGGCGAGAGGAAGAAGGGAAAAAGCAAGAACUUGACCUUAAUUCUUCCAUGAGACUUAAGAAACUAGCCCAAAUUCCUCCAAAGACUGGAAUAGAUAACCCUAUAUUUGAUACAGAGGAAGGAAUUGUCUUAGAAAGUCCUCAUUAUGCUGUGAAAAUAUUAGAAGUAGAAGACUUAUUUUCUUCACUUAAACAUAUCCAACAUACUUUAGUAGAUUCUCAGAGCCAGGAGGAUAUUUCACUGCUCUUACAACUUGUUCAAAAUAAAGAUUUCCAGAAUGCAUUUAAGAUACACAACGCUGUCACAGUACACAUGAACAAGGCCAGUCCUCCAUUUCCUCUUAUCUCCAACGCACAAGAUCUUGCACAAGAGGUACAAACUGUUUUGAAGCCAAUCCAUCAAAAGGAAGGACAAGAAUUAACUGCUUUGCUGAGUGCUCCACAUAUUCAGGCACUUUUACUGGCCCAUGAUAAGGUUGCUGAGCAGGAAAUGCAGCUAGAGCCCAUUACAGAGGAGAGAGUUUAUGAAAGCAUUGGCCAGUAUGGAGGAGAAACAGUAAAAAUAGUUCGUAUAGAAAAGGCUCGUGAUAUUCCACUGGGUGCUACAGUUCGUAAUGAAAUGGAUUCUGUCAUCAUUAGCCGGAUAGUAAAAGGAGGUGCUGCAGAGAAGAGUGGUCUAUUACAUGAAGGAGAUGAAGUUCUGGAGAUUAAUGGCAUUGAAAUUCGGGGAAAAGAUGUCAAUGAGGUUUUUGACUUGUUGUCUGAUAUGCAUGGGACUUUGACAUUUGUUCUGAUUCCCAGUCAACAGAUCAAGCCGCCUCCUGCCAAGGAAACAGUAAUCCAUGUAAAAGCUCAUUUUGACUAUGACCCCUCAGAUGACCCUUAUGUUCCAUGUCGAGAGUUAGGGCUGUCUUUUCAAAAAGGGGAUAUACUUCAUGUGAUCAGUCAAGAAGAUCCAAACUGGUGGCAGGCCUACAGGGAAGGGGACGAAGAUAAUCAGCCUCUAGCUGGGCUUGUUCCAGGUAAGAGACAAUAUAAUUAUGACAAUGAGGAGAUCUUAACCUAUGAGGAAAUGUCACUUUAUCAUCAGCCAGCAAAUAGGAAAAGACCUAUUAUCUUGAUUGGUCCACAGAACUGUGGCCAGAAUGAAUUGCGUCAGAGGCUCAUGAACAAAGAAAAGGACCGCUUUGCAUCUGCAGUUCCUCAUACAACUCGGAGUAGGAGAGACCAUGAAGUAGCUGGUAGAGAUUACCACUUUGUUUCACGGCAAGCAUUUGAGGCAGACAUAGCAGCUGGAAAGUUCAUUGAGCAUGGUGAAUUUGAGAAGAAUUUGUAUGGAACCAGCAUAGAUUCUGUACGGCAAGUGAUCAACUCUGGAAAAAUAUGUCUUUUAAGUCUUCGUACACAGUCACUGAAGACCCUCCGGAAUUCAGAUUUGAAACCAUAUAUUAUCUUCAUUGCACCUCCAUCACAAGAAAGACUUCGGGCAUUAUUAGCAAAAGAAGGAAAGAAUCCAAAGCCUGAAGAGUUGAGAGAGAUCAUUGAGAAGACUAGAGAGAUGGAGCAGAACAAUGGCCACUACUUUGACACUGCGAUUGUGAAUUCAGAUCUUGAUAAAGCCUAUCAGGAAUUGCUUAGGUUAAUUAACAAACUUGAUACUGAACCUCAGUGGGUGCCGUCCACUUGGCUGAGGUGAAGGAAACAUCCAUUUUGUAACAUGUUGGACUUGGUCUGGCAAACUGCCAAUGGGAAAAUAGCCCCAACACUUCAGCAAGAUUGAGGAUAAGGUGGAAGGCAGCAGCAGAAGCUGUAGACCUGUUCUUAGCUCUCCUGAACUAGUGAGAAGAAGGUCCCCUCAGGCAAUUUGUGCCUAGCAUUCUUUAUUCUCUAUACAUGGUUUUAGGGGCUCUUGCCUCAUUCGGGGAUUCUAAAUGGAAGCUUUCAACAGAGUAAUUCCAUGUUAUCCUGUUAAAACCUUUUGUUUUCACUUAACUAAAUCUUUUCUGCUUAGUCAUAAUUUCCAUGAAAAACUUGUAUGUACACAGAGUCCAUGUCCCACAUAGUUAUAAAUAUCGAUGUUAUUUAACACUUAACUUAAAUGACUUCAUGGCAAUAUUGGGGGGGGGAGGUGCUGUGCUUCUAUGCACUGGGCAAGACAGUAUUUGCUUAGGAGACUAGUCAUCAGAAAUACUUCCUAAAAAAGAAAAAACGGUGCCACUUUGGUUUGGAACCACUCUGUUAGGCUUGAAUUCAUUUGUAUGUCUUUGAAUUCUAAAGAAAGAAAAGAAAACGAACAUUCCAUUAGAGGCACCAAUUUUUAUGCUCACUUUGUGGAUCAGA